AUGGGUGCAAUGACUGCCACAAAGUUCCGAGAAUGGUGUGACAAAUGGAAGGAAAACUUCAGACACUACCACUUUGUUAAGAAUGCAGACGGCUAUUCCUCAUCAUUAUUUGACUUUACUUGCAAGUACAAGGGCAAAUAUAAGGUCAUUUUCGAUAAAGUGACCGAUACUCUGCAUAUUGUAUUGCCCAAAGAUGAUUACUAUCACAGAGGCCUGAACGCUCAGAAAGCCAUCAGAAAGGAGCUUGAAAGAGCCAUGGCUAAAGGAAUGCCCCGCUAUUGGGUGAAGGAUGAGGCGAGACACCGAGACAUAGAAGCACGUUUUACACGCGAGGUGGAAGCGCAUUAUGAAGAGGAAGAGGCCAAGGAACAAAAUGGGGGAAAUUAUGAAAGGCGCAAGGGUGGUCUAAACAAAGAAGACAAAGAUUUAAUUCUCAGCUUGAAUAGCUGA